AUGAGUGGGGUUGCCAGGUGUGAUGAUGAGGACGGUUCACCGCCCGAUGAAGAUAACGAAUUCCGCAGUGACAAUGAGGGAGAAGACCUCAUGGAAACGGAUCUAGACACUCUGCGCCGCGAACUUAACGAGGAGAUAAGUGAACUGGAGUGGGAAUUCAAAGCCGUCAAGGAGGCGCUCUACCAUGAACGAAUUUCCCAAAUCGAUCGAAAACUUCAAUUAUUUAAAUCCUCCGAAGCACCUGAGCUGAAACAAAUUAGUGCUCUGGUAGACGAAGCCUAUCACAUCAGGUGUCAGGUUGGUUUUUUUUUAAUGAAAUUUGCAGAUGUGUUAAAAGACUGA